AUGAGCGACGCACCCGCAGCGGGACCUGCUGGCUUGUGUCCCCGCAGCAACAUCAUCGACGUGUCGGCAGCGGAUUCCCAGGGCAUGGAGCAGCACGAGUACAUGGACAGAGCCAGGCAGUACAGCACGCGCCUGGCCAUGCUGAGCAACAACCUGACGCACUGGAAGAAGCUCCCGCUGCUGCCGUCUCUGACCAACCAACCGCACCAAGUGCUCGCCAGCGACCCUGUCCCCUUCGCAGACCUGCAGCAGGUGUCCCGGAUAGCUGCCUACGCCUUCAGCGCGCUCUCACAGAUCCGCGUCGACGCCAAAGAAGAACUGGUUGUACAGUUUGGCAUCCCCUGAGCCCGCCCCGCAGCACCACAGCUUCACCGGUUUUGGGUUGGUUGGUUUG